GCUGUCGGAACUGUAAUUCAUGUGGAGUAUAUACUAUUUAGCAAAUUCAGUGUUUUUCCUUGAUUUUUUGUGAUCGCUACAAUUGCAAAAUGCCGGACGAAUCGGUGAGGGUAGCUGUUAGGGUCAGGCCCUUCAAUCAGAGGGAGAAGGACCGACAGGCAAAGUUAAUCAUACAGAUGCAAGGAAAGACAACACUCAUCACCAAUCCAGAGUCAAAAGAAGAACCAAAAAAGUUUGCAUUUGAUUUCUCCUACUGGUCACAUGACUGCUUCAAAGAACGAGGGGAUGGUUAUCUGGAACCGACGAGUAAUAAGUAUUCUGACCAACGAAUGGUAUUUGAAGAUUUAGGAAGAGGGGUACUGAACAAUGCAUUUGAAGGUUAUAAUUGUUCACUUUUCGCCUAUGGACAGACAGGGUCAGGGAAGUCCUAUUCGAUGGUCGGAUAUGGCAACAAUAAGGGAAUUGUACCAAUUACUUGUGAUGAGCUCUUCCAAACGAUGGACAAAAACAAAUCCGAUGGAAAUGUGCGGUACGAAGUCACAUUCUCCAUGUUGGAAAUCUACAAUGAACAGGUCCGGGAUCUUCUCUCAAAAGACGCACCUCGAGGUGGUUUACCCGUGAGACAGAACCCCAAACUAGGCCUGUUCUAUGUGCAGGGCUUGAAGAAGGUUCCUGUGGGCAGCUAUAAAGAAAUUGAGCAGAGAAUGGAACAGGGUACUUCAAAUCGUACUGUGGCGUCGACGAACAUGAACGCCACGAGUAGUCGAGCUCACACAGUCGUCACCAUCACCUUCGAUCAGAUUUGUAAGAAUGAGGAGGGGUCGGAAACGAAGAAAAGCAGUGUCAUGAAUUUAGUCGAUUUAGCUGGUUCUGAAAGAGCUGACAGCACUGGUGCUACUGGAGAUCGGUUGAAAGAGGGUGCCAACAUCAACAAAUCUUUAUCAGCACUUGGAAAUGUGAUAUCGGCUCUUGCUGACUUGUCGAUGGGUAAGAAGAAGGUAUUGGUACCAUAUCGAGAUUCUGUCCUCACAAAACUUCUACAGAAUGCCCUUGGUGGUAACAGUAAAACCAUCAUGAUAGCUGCGUUGUCACCUGCUGACAUCAACUACGACGAGACCCUCGGUACAUUACGGUAUGCCGACAGAGCCAAGAAGAUCAAAAACAAGGCGGUCGUCAAUGAGAAUCCAAUGGACAAACUUAUCAGGGAACUUAGAGAAGAGAAUGAAAGACUGAAGAAGGCCAUGGAUGGAGGAGGGUUAAUGGCCCAAAAUUCAGGAGCAUCAGGUGAUGAAAAAGAAAAGAUGAGGAAGGAGAUGGAAGAGGAGAUCCGAGCUCAACUGAUGGCCAACAUGGAGAUGUUGGAAGAUUCUGCGGUAUCCUGGGAUGAUAAGCUGCAAGCAGCCCGAGACGAAGAAGUCGUCGAUAUCAGAGGAGACUCUGGCAGGAAAACGAAAGAACCUCAUUUGUCCAACUUAAAUGAGGAUCCCAUGUUAGCGGGAAUGAUCUGUCAUUUCUUGAAGGAAGGGAGCUCAACAGUCGGGCGCAAGGAUGGCGAUCCUGAUAUUGUCCUCAGUGGUCUGAGUAUCCAAAAGAACCAUGCCAUCAUUUCUAUAGAGAAAGGCGAGGUUGAGAUCAAGCCAGGUGGCGCCAGUGCCAAAACAAAGGUCAACGGACAGCCUCUAACGGGAACGAGGGUUUUGUUGCACAAGGAUAGGAUUCUGUUUGGUUCAAAUCACUUGUAUGUUUUCAAAAAUCCAUUGAAGCAAGAUACAGGUGGCGCUGACCUACCGGCAGAAGUUGACUAUGAAUUUGCGCAGAAAGAGAUUGCUCAAGCGAAGGGUUUUGCCACUGGUAGUGGAGCUGGUCUUUCGAAAGAACAACAAAUUGCUCAGGAGCAGAUCCUCGAAAUCUUGCCCAUGGUGACGGAGGUGAAUGCGAUCUCCGAAGAGUUGGACAAACAUCGAACAUUUGAGGUUGUGCUAAUCUCUGGAGCAGCGCAGGAGUCAUCCUUCAAGGAGAAUAAGUCUACAAAUGCAGAGCAAAAGCAAAAUAUGAGACGAAUGAGUGUGUUCCAAAUGGUGAAACUCCAGCAAACAUUGGUGGUCAUGGUCAAAAUGAAAAAUCUUCUGAACGGCAACACGUGGCUGUGGGAGCGUGGGAAGUUCAUGAACCGUCGUUAUCUCAUGCAAGAGAUGUAUCAGAAGUACCUCGAUGGUGAAGACAUCAGUAAGAUCAAACACGAAGAGGACCCAUUCUGGGAGCCUGCCGAAGACGUCCUUAUCGGAACCUCGAAUGUCUUCCUUCAGUCGCUAGGUUAUGCCUUGGAUUUUGAUGACAAGAUCAGUGUGACUGACUAUAAGGGACAGGAAGAGGGGUCCAUAUAUGUCAAUGUGACGCCGUGUACUCAGGCAGGAAAACCCCAGGAUGAGGAUUUCUUCAUUGAGGAUCCAAAGGAGCUGUUGGGCGAGGCGUACCACUUCAAGGUUACGAUCAGAGGCGCUGAAGUAAACAAGGCGCGAUUUUCAAAGGGUCUGAUGAUCAAGUACAAGGUAUUCAAGGAUGGUGAAUACACUGUGACCCCCACAAUCAAAGGAACUUUGACGCCAGAAUUCAAGCACUCGCGUAUAAUUUCGUAUCCUAGUAUCACUGAGGAACAUCUUGAGUACUUUGAUAAUGGUAGCAUCACGUUUUUGUUGUACGGUCUGCAAGAGGACUCAAAAACUGAUCCCAAGUUACAGAAAAUGACGACACGGGAACUUCGCCAAAUGGAACAUCUUUCAAAGCCAAAUCUUACUCAGCGCCACACAUCUUUUGCUCUGAACCAAGAUGCAAGUGAUCAGUCACAUCUCAAGUCAGAGCUGAUGGUAUUACAACGGAAAUAUGACAGACUGGAGUCAAAGGAAAAAAGAAUUCAGCAACUCUGCUCUGACUGGAAAGAAAAAAAGCCAGAGGAGCAAGAAUUCGAUGCAUUCCACCGAGCGAUCUCCGCCGCUGCAAAUAGCACUGGCACACGGCUCAAGACACGAGUAAAACUCUUGAAUAAGUAUUCAGACACCAACUCUGAGAUUAUGAGCCUGUAUUAUUUUGGCGAGGAUGAAGAGAUGCUACUCAACGAGGCCAACCAAAAUGGUGGUGUUGUUAAACUUCCUGAUUAUUGGCAAUCGCAUAUCAUGUCUUCCCGCAAUAAUAAGGUGCCCCAUAUGCUUCAGGCACAGAAGUUAGCCCAAGCCACAAAAAAAUCUAAUGGAACAGGGGAUGCUGCAAAAGUCACAAACUCUCAAGGUCAAACAAAAGAGGGCAGCAAAGCUUGCAGCAUCAUGUAAAUAUCUAAUGCAAUUGGUUUUGUCAGUCCGGGAAAAAAACUGGAUGCUGUAUUUUUUGCGAAUUUAGCAAAGCUGGAUUUAGCCUUAGGUAGGAUUGGAGUCAUGAUGUUAGACCAUUGAGGACUGUGGUAUUGGUAAUGACAUCUGGUGCCAGUUGUGGGACAUAAGGGCUGUUUAGACGACAGGAAAAAAGCCACAUGCGAUCCAAUUGAAUCCGAAUGUGAUUUGAAUUUUUCUUGGCUAAAUGCAAAAUGAUCCGGAUCAAUGUGGUCCCAUCCGGAUUAAAAAACACCAUCGAUCGAGGUAGUUUUAAUCUAGAUGCAUCCGGAUACAUCCGGAUCAAAAGCGUUGUCUUAAUCCAAAUGGAUACUGAAUCCGGAUUCAUUUUACCUGGGCGCAUGCGCACUAACAUAUUUUUUUUAAAAAUCUCCACAAGCAAUAGGUAUUGGAGAGUUCCACAUCUACAGAAAUGUGUCCGGAUGAGACCGGAUUACGCCGAGUGUCUUAAUGCGCACAAUUUUUGAGACCUGAAUGUGGUUCGAUUGGAUCACAUCCUUUUACAGGUGGUGUCCAUUGGUGGUUAAGCCACAAACUUCACCUUCCUUCUGUCCCCAAGUGUGCCACCAGAGAACUUCUAUGCUCUGAUGUAUGCAGUGUAUUAAAAUAAAUACUUGAAAAUGGCUGUAUGCAGUCUGACAAUGCAUGUAAACCCCAUUAUAUUCUAUUUGAAUUUUUGAAUUUUUUCUAUGAUUGUUUGUGUCCUAAGUAAUUUUUGUAUGACAUCUUUAAUACUAACCUGAAUCUAAUGGGGUGCUUGUGCUUGUGCAGUUCUUGUCUCUUUACCUGGCGCUUUUCCCUCUAUUAGAAACUGUUAAUAAUUGCAUUUAAUCCAUUCUCAUUCUCAUGAAUGCUGGCAUUCAUCUCAUGAAUGCAGGCAUUCAAUUUGAAAUUAGGUGUACUAGUUCAGUGUAGAAUUGUAAAAUAAUAGAACUUCUGAUAUAUAUUAUAACUUGUUAUCUGGAGCAGUGAUGAGAGUAAUAACCGCUUUUGAUAGUCAGUGUUGCGAUUAUUGUUGACUGUGACAGAGAACAUCCAAAUAUUUCUUUUCAAUUUGUUUCACAAUCCUAACAGAUUCAACAGUCCAUUGGGCCGGUUCAAAACAAAUUUUGUCACUGAACCUUGGCAUGUUUCAACUAGGUCAGGGUUCCUUCCAAAAAAUAUUGAGAAAACUAUGAAUGCCUCAUCGAGGGCAAUGGUAUGACAGACUAUAAUUAUGUUCAACUUGGUAAAGGAAAGUAAAAUUCUUUACCCCUUGAACCCCGCAUGACGAUAAACCGACCUUUUACUAUUGUGAUGUAUACCCCCAGAUUGGUAAAGUAGCCUGGGGUUUUUACGGCGCUGCUGUUCUUGCAAUUUGACGAGUACCUCAUGGGGAAUGAUUGCUGCAUAGUUUUGUCAGUUUUACAAUUUUUUUAGCUCACCUGGGUGAGCUUAUGUCAUCACAUCUUGUCCGUCGAUCCGCCAACAAUGGUGGCACGUUUGCUCACUGUCGAGUCUCGAGAGUUAAAACUUGGUGUGUGGAUGUCUUAUGACAGCAUGAUUUGACACAGAAAAAAAUCAUCACCAUUUUGCCGAUGAAAAUGCGAUGUUGCUGAUGUACUUACUUGACCUAUUUUCUGGGCUCCAUUCGGCCAUCUUUGAAAACCUUAUUUUGUCAAUAUCUCAUGAACACUGAUGGCUAGAACCAUGAAAUGUUCACUGUCAACACUUCUGAUGAGACUACGUGACAUAGUAGACGGGUUUUUGAUUUGACCUACUUUUGAAGGUCACAUAGGUCAAACUCUAAAAUUUCAGCGAAGGUGUCACGUUUCAUCAUUAAUUGUCCUAGACUCUUCAAAUUUGAUAUGUAGACAUAUAUUGGGCGUCUGUACAACCGCUAAAUCAUUCCCAGGUGAGCACCAUGUCCCAAGGACAUUUCAUUUAUCAAAUCUACUGUGAUAUAAAGGUCAAAAUUACUAUGAAAGAGAAUCUUACACCAGUUACGAUGAUUUGAAAACGAUGGCUAAGUUAGUUGCAAAGACAGAGUACAAUUUAUCAGCUCAUUCAGCUGCUGGUAGAGGUCAUGGGUGAGGCUUUAGUGACAGGAUGACCCAUUAUAAAUGUGGCCAAAAAAGUUAAAAGGCAGAAAAGGCUCUCGAAAUAUCAGGGCAAGACAAGAUCAGAAGCAGCAAUCUCACACAGGCGGGUCACCCACAGGAGAAUAGAGAACGUAAUUACCUAUCAUUUCUCAUAAUAUAUGUCACAGAAGAAAUGUUUUACACAAUUUUUAACAAAUAAGUAUCAAGGGCAAUGGUAUAACAGACUCAAUGUGGGACUGUUUAUAAUCAGAAAAGAUGUCCUAUUGAGGUGAAACAAUAAUGUUAAGAUUGUUAAAUAUUAUAAACUAUUUAUUUAAUUUGGCUUGUCACAAAAUGUGUUGUUUAGUGUCGUCCUGUUUAAAGGUUCCUGCUGGUUGGGAUAUACCCAAUUGAUAGAUGUCCCAUUUAUAUUAUGAUUUGAAAAGAGUUGAAUACCUUCUAAAACAAAACACAGGGAUGAGCUUGCUUUCGACAAAAAGUUAAAUGCCGUUAAAAUUUCGACAAAAAAUUAAUGGUGAUCAAUCCUUUCGUUUGCAGAUGAUCCUGUGAUGCAUGAUCCCAGAAACCGUACUGGUAUGGAGGUUGCACUCUCUAUCUAUUUUAUUUUUUCUUAUAACAUGUUAGAGUUUGGUUUUACAAUGCAGUGUACUAAAAUCCUCACGUAAUGAGUUACAAUAAUCUACGAAAUGUAUGAUAAACAUGCUUGCAAUAACACCUAAUUAAAGCGAAUUAUCUAACAUCAACAUUGUGAUCAACAAAAUUCAUUUCAUUAAUCUUCUCACGGCAUGAAUGUGGCAGAUCUCAUUUCCAAAUCAAUUCUCCAAAAACUAUUAGUUUUGUUGAUGGAAGAGUGUUUCAAUAUAAGGCUACGCUAGCACUGAAAAAGUAAAGAAAGAUCAAACGGCUCUAAAUAGAUGUUCAUUUGAAAAUGAACCAACAGGUUCUGGAGCAUACAUGAAGAAUUGCAUCCUGAAGAAAUCGCGGUAAUGUGCGCUUCUCGGCCCUAAAAUUACUUCUCCGCUGGCACUUCACCAAAUGAGGGCAAAUGUCUCAGAGUGGAGAAGCGAUCAUUAGCACCUGAUAUCCUCAAGAUGGAAGAUUUGCUGACUUUGUCAGUGCUGGCAUUAUCUCAAGACAUUUCUCCUGUGAAUCGGGUUAACAAAAAGUAAGCCUCUUUAUUGGAUAUUUCAAUGAUGUCUUCAAUUCAUGUUGGUGGACACCAUCAAUGAGGAGCAGUGAGAUAAUGCCCAAUAUCCUCAGCUAUCAAACAUGUCAAAUCAAGAAAGUUACCAAAUGAUCAAUGAGCCACUCCUAAAACAGGCACUGCAUUGUAAUAUUAGUUUGAAAUUCCUGUCUUAUAUCAUUAUAAAUUUUGUUCAAGACUGUCAUUUUAAUAUCAUCAAUGAGUCAUAUCAAUCCAAUCGCAUUCUAAAUGUGCAAAAAAUGUAUGCAAAUGCACCAUGUCAAUCUUGAACAAAAUCACUAGUUGCACAUAAAAAUCAUAACAAAAUCCCUAAGAGAUUUCGAUCAAGCUUUAGUAUCUGCUAUAAAAAAGCUUUUUUUAAAUAACGUAUAUCACAGCGCAGACAUGUAGCAACAUGCAAACUAGCUUACCUUUUCAAAAUGGGCAAAAAUAAAAAGUAAACAGACAUGUUCGUUAUUGAUACCAAGUAUAGAAUCUCUGAUCAAUACUUACUUAUACCUAUCUCUUGUAGAUUCUUCCUGUUUAAUGUAUGUUGCCUCAUAUCCUUGGUAUCCAUUAUUAGAUUUUAUUCCUCCAAUACAUAAAAACCUCGCUGACAAAGACUAUGCCCGUCGAAAUGUUUUACUGCCUUUGCUGUUUUCUCCUUACCAAAAUAAAUAUCGUUCUCAUAUACAUGUCUGCUCAACCUCUUACCUAACUUUAAACUUUGAUCCCCCUCCGAACAAUUGAAUAUUUCAAUAACUCCAGUUAACUUUGCCUAAACUUUCUUAGAAAUUUUCCAAACCUUUGUCCAUAACUGUCCUCCAUGCCAGUGUUGUUUCACAGGAUCCUAUCUGUUGCACCAUUUCAUAUUUAUACUGACAAUAAUUUCACUGCUCUAAGACCAGUUCGGAAUAUUCAAUUCUAGCUAGUUAUCCCACCAAACGAGUUCGGUAGCGUUAUAGGAUGCCCUUCGUGCGUGCGUCUGACUGAGGCAAUUACUCAUAGGACUGUAGUCGGAUUCGUUUCAAAUUUCUGAUUGAUUGGGGUGUCGAGGUUAGGUAGGUGCCUAGGGAUUUUUGACCCAAUCUGAUAUCACAUAUGGCCACCAGGCGGCCAUCUUGGGUUUCACAUUCCAACUGUUACUGUAAAAGGAGUCAUCAGAUGAGCCUUGAAUUUUCUGCAGAGUGAUAGGGUGGGAUGGGAGAGGUGUUGUAUAGAUUUUUGGCCAGAACUAAUAGCCAGUAUAUCUGCCAUCUUGGAAUACACAUUCCGAACUGUCACUGCAGAACUCGUCAUCCGAUGUGCUUUAAUUUUCUACAGAGUGAUGGGCUGGGGUUGGAGAGGUGCUGUAUAGACUUUGACCCAGAUCCGAUAGCCGUUAUGGCCACGAGAGGGCCAUCUUGGAUUUCGCAUUCCGGACUGUAACUGCAGAACGAGUCAGGCGAUGGGGUAGAAUAUUCUGUGGUGUGUUGGGUUGGGGUGAGAGAGGUACCAUAUCAGCUUUGGGCCUGUUCCGAUAUCUGGAAUUGCCGCCAGGUGGCCACUUUGGUUUUUUGUAUUCUGGACACUUAACAGCUGAAUGAGUGUUGGGCAUCACUAUUCUCUUGCACGAUGGGGUGGGGUGGGAGAGAAGUGCCCUAUUGACUUUGGCCCCAAUCAGGAAGGUCCCCUUCGCUUAAGCCAUGAUCCGAUGUGGCAGUCAGGUUGAAGUUUUAGAUUUUGCACUGUGCAUUGUAACUGCUGAACUACUCGCCUGAUGGGCUUUCAGUUUCCAAUGGCAUGAUGGGGUGAAGUGGGAGGGCUACACUCACUAGGCGCAGGUGCCCUGUGUUAUUUCCCCUGUCAUGCAAUGAUUGAUAUUUUCAAGGUCAUACCAUCUUCUAUUCUGUGCUCCUUUGGUGGGACUAGCUUUGCUUUGUGUUGCUCUAGUUAUUAUGCACUUAACGCUAUUAAACUUGGGCAAUUAGGAUGAGAUAAUGGGUUGGAAACCAAGUUGUCAGAUGGCCACAAAGUAUGUUCUGGUGGGCCUUUGUUUAGAAUUCGUAGGAAAGAAUCUAGUCUUAGAUCAGUGAAACUAGAGUAUUUCGCUGCACAUCAAUAUGCCACGCUACUUUAAUGUAAGAUAUGUCUUUUUACGCACAUUAAUUGAGAUAAUCAGGGAUGUGGUAUAAGUAACACGAACCGGUUUAAAAACUUGUGUCAAACCGAAUUGGCUGAAAUUCACUUAGAUGCAAACUGUGUGUUCGAUACCAUAGCUUGGGUCCAAGAAAUGCUCGAGUCUUCUCGUCUGGGACAAUGUACGUACAAUACAACAAAUACAAAAAUGUGAUCAUCAAAAUCAAAAGUGCACCAAAUCUCUAGUCUUUUUCUUGUUGUUAACAAAUUCAUUGCCGAUCACAGUAACAAGGUUUCAUCAACUACCUCUACUGUACGCUACAUAUCAUUACAUGGCCGAUUGUGGGUUACUGUAACUAUCAAAUAUUUCAAUAGCCAGGAGCUUCUAGUCCAAUUGGUGGCCUUUAGGUGAACAAUAUCAACAGUCCCCCUCCUCCCCACAAAUGGCGUAAAUUUGCCAAUGGUGGCAGGUUUCCUAUUUUACUGGUGACAUCAACUUUAAACUUGGUACAUAUGUAGUCCUAUGUUUUGAAACCUUGCUGACUAAAUUUCGGUCUGGUUUGAUUCCUGGCGUGGCCAGGAGGGCUUGAUCAUAGGUAAACUUUUAUCAUAUAUAAUAAACUACCUGGGAGCACAAUGGCCCUGGCCAUUUCAUUUUUAAAGAUACAAAUGGUUUGGUCAAUUUAUAUUUGCACUACCAUGUUUUAAAUGAAAGCCUUACCAAAACAGUUUGGAGGGAAGUGGUUGAAUCUUGUUGAGACUAUUUCGUCCGAAUAUUUCAUAUGCUGAUCUCUGGACGCUCUCACUCGAAGUGCACCUUAUCGUGUCAGCAGAGAAGGCAGUGCUUUCAAGUAAUGCACUGGGGGUAAUGUGUAAAUAUGCAGCACAUCACGAACAUUUAAGAGUGCUCGGCGUUAGCCUUACAAGGGAAUGUAUAUUUGACCUGUCAGCUGUAGUUAGUGGUACAAGAUCCUGACUGAUUUUUACGGAUUUGAAUUUUUUGCAAAUAAUUGUGCUUGUAAAAAUGUGAUAUCGUUUUAUUUAUACAAAUGUCCACCGUCCAAUAGUGCCUUGUAAUGUGUAUUGUGAAGUCCAGAAUAUUUUAUACAUUUAAUUUUGUGUUUGAAAAUAAUAAUUGCCGUCCAGUUGAUAUUAAAAUUUGGCUGCGCUCCUUUUGCAUGUUUAGGCCUAACUUGUCACAUAUUAUAGUGUGUCCAAUUUUAUUUUGAGAUCAUUAUCAAGUUUGAUUAAGAGAGGUAGCUGCCUUGAUGUGUACAGCAUUAUAGACAGUGUCUGUUGAUAAUGGCACUUAAACUGAUACUGCAGGGUUUGUAAUAUAAAAUGUGAUGAUUUUUCACUUCAUUUUUUUGUUUUUAACUAAUGAAGUGAAAGGAAUAAUAAAGACUCUUGAUUAUACAUGUAGAUAUAAUGUGUAUAUAACGGGAUGUUUUCCUCUGCAAAAGAUGUCUGUGAUAUUGUAAACUGUUUUAAAGGCCUAUGCCAUUCAUCCAAAAUAUUAGAAUUUGUGACUUUAAGAUUUUUCAGUAAUGUGAAUACAUGUUAAAUAUAAGAUAUCAACAUUACUGUGGAGUACACCGGUACUCUCUUCAGUCCCAAUUACAUUUGUCAUCUAUAUCCGUGUAAACUACAUUCAACCUGCAUGAUUGUUCCGACCAUGGUGUACAUCACAUUCAUGUGCCAUGUGUGAGCUGUACGCAGCCAGUGUGCAAGCAGCUUGCAGUUCACACAGCUUUAGGGCGUAGAUUCUGUGCAACUAAUUCGGACAAAGCAGAGGGUAUGUCAAUUGUGACUGGGACUUUACGUCAGUUUUCAUCCCGUUGCAAGUACUUACAAUCAAAAUGAAUGGGACAGGCCUUUCAUAUGGGAGUCCUAAUUAUAUACUGUGUUGUUAACAUGUGUAACAAGGCCGUAUUUUAGGAUCACUUUGAUGUAGCACCUUGAUCAGGCCUUAGAAAGGCAUGAUUUUUAAUAUCAUUAUUAUUAAUUUUCCAAUAUCAUGAUAAUAAGUAUGUACCAGUCCUGAUAUUUUCAUUGUUUUCAUUGAUAUUUUGCUGUGAUGUCAAUAGGACAAUAUUUUGGUCUGUUCAAUCCAAGUUAAUGUAAUUAUGCAUAUAUUGUAACUUAAUCCAUCCAUUGUAAAUAAAAAUGAUAAUUAUCAUUUGUGAGUCCAUUGUAAAUAAUCCAUGAUUAUAUUGCAUAAAAUAAAAAAAAUCCAUGUAAUUAAGAGGACAUAUCAUUAAAGGCUUAUUUUAUGAAAUGAUA